UUUUUUUAGAAACAGAAGAAAGACCGGUAUUUGACCAAAUACUCUUAGUAUUUCAAAGAAAAGGAAUGCGCAGUACACGAAUGACACAAAGCAAAACAGAUAUCAAGAUAUGAAGAGAUUUAAUUGAAUCGAAUGAAAACUAUUUUGCUGUUGAAAAGCAAGGAUCUUGCCGAAGACAAAAAAAAAACAACAAAGGGCAACUGCAAAUUCGGCAUGAUCCGUGGCAAAAAUAGAAUCUAUUCAAAAACGUUAGGUGGGGUGGUGGAGGCAUGGAAGCUGACCAACCGUCUCUUCAAAGGCUCUUCAGGAGCACCUUGCCAUCACCGGGAGUACCCGGAUUAGACGUCAUAAGAGCUUUACAUCAAACAGUCGUGUCACUGCGCUCGGCUCUGGACUCAUCGCGCGAGGAGCUCCGGCGACUGCAAGAGAGCGUCGGGAAUUUUUGCGGCGAGAGCUACAUUGAUGCGGUGAGCCGUUUAGCCCUCGAAAAUCAUGUGCUCAGACGAAAGAUCCUGAGUAGGAGCUGUGAAUUUUCGUGCGAUGCAGCGACUAGUCCUCCACUUCAAUCGAGACACGUUCAACUUGUAGAAGUCCAUAUGAACGAACCGACAGAUCCUGAGAAAACUACUAUGGAUGUGUCCAAGAAGAUUGCUACUGAUGCUCAGAACUCGUUUAAUGAACCAGUAUCUGAACACAGCAAGGUUAAUAGCAGCAACAACAAUGGUCCUGAUCCGUCUUCUCGUGCUGGCCAAUCCGACAAGUUCCAAGAUUUAUCGAAAUAUUCGAAAAUCACAAUUACCAAAGAUAUAAUCAAUACUAAAAUUACAGAGGCGGCGUCCACGAUUCUGAACGUUUCUCAAAAUGAGAAUCACAAAUCUCCAACUUUGACAACGAAUGUGACUAACAACGAGGAAGAGUCUCGAGUGGAAAUAUCAGGUGACGCAGCUAAUAUGGGUCAUUUAGAUAUUCCUGAGAAGGAUCCUGAAGACUUGAGUUUGAAAUCUAUCUCUGACGGUGAGAAUUCUGUAUUCAGCGAUCAUGUAGAUCAACCUCAGAUACCUCGACAAGGUCAUCCAGGUGAUUCGCCAAGACCGAACGAACACUCGGAGAACGAGUCUGAAGAAUUGGAUGACAUCGAGCUAAUAUUCACAACAGAUGAGAUAUGUCGCGAUCUCGGUCUGCAGGAGGAUCUGGUUUCUAUUACCGAGACGGAAACAUGGCAGCAUGGCGGUGGCGGCCAACCUAUUUUACUUAAAUAUAUAAAACCGACAGAGAAUGAGUCAUUAAUUUGCAAUGGUGACAAAACCAGUUCUGUCGAGGAAGCCGUCUCGUCGCAGAGUUCUAGCAUCGACCGCGAGGAGAGUGUCGACAGGUUCGACGAGAGCUCCAGUACCAGACUCAAUAAGAUGUGGUCGCAGUGCUCCGUUCUAGUGGAGACUGACAUUAGCAAGUGUGGUAUAUUGGAAGAUGCUGAAAGCACGGCAGGUUCAUCCUUGCGACAUGUCACGAGAAGAAAUACUCUGGCUGCACCACCGACGGCUUACCGACCUAUCAUUCAUCGGGAAGCUCUGGCUAAUAGUCGGAGAAAGAGUUCUGUUCCAUUGCGGCCGGUGAUGGACCGUAGUAGUGGUGCCCGAAGAGAAUCUGGUGUCCAGACGGACAUCUCUGCGCUUCCAGCACAAUGGCGAUCCGAAAGCUAUCUCGCACACAAAGUCGCACAUACUUUUACGACAUUACCGAGCAAGUUUGCGCUACCAACAGGAGUGCCUGGCCGACUGAGAUUGUCGGACAAAACCCGAGAAGCUAGAAGAGUAAUGUUGUCGGACAUUAGUUUCACUAGCAUGGUACCAGAAUUAUCAAGAAGUGCAGAUCACCUGUGCCAUGAGCCACAUGCACAGACGUGUUUUAGUUCACGCGGCUGUGGCCUUCGUACAUCCGAAGCUCAAAGACGCGAAUCCUUAGGCUCUCCUGCAGGAUAUUGGCUUCGUUGCAAUCCCACAACAGGUCUGCCGAGUCCCUGUGACUGUCGGUUAUCAACUGAUCUGUAUUCUUCGCGAUAUCGCGGCUCUCUAACAUCGAUACCGUCGCCCGGUCUCGAAGUUGCCGGGGAUCCUCCGCGAAGACAUUCCUGGAGAGCGACAGCGGCAUCCCUCGACACAUGGAGAGUUCCGGUUGCGACUUCCACACCACGUCCGACAUGGUCCUCGAUGCCAUCUUCUCCAACACACAUACAUCCUCCACCGACUUUCUCCAAAACUUCGAAAAACACACCAAAGAGAACACGAUCCAAGGUGACUUUUCAAGAGUGUCCAUUGACGCGCGGUAGUUUACCCAACUUGCAUUCAGACUCAGUCGGCGGUGAAAAUAGUGGAGACUCUACUGAAUCGUUAAUCGAUGAAGCCGAGGAUUAUCUGCGGCGAAGUAUUGAUUCUAUGUUAACAAUAUCAAGCAUCAGUACGGAUUAUUGGAACAAACAGACAACAAGACGAAGAAGAACGCGAAGGCAUUCGGAGCCGAACUUGAUACGCGAUUGGCAUCCUUCUCAGGAUGCCAAACCAUAUUUGCCAAAGACACCAAGAGAUCUCAAACUGGAUCAUCUUGUGAAAGUUAUAUCACCGGAAGGCAGAGUCCUCCAAGGUCGCGUGAGAUAUGUAGGUCCUGUUCCAGGUCGAGAAGACACGCAUGUGGGAGUGGAACUGCCAUAUGUCAAUGGUUCAUCUGAUGGUACUUUUCAUGGCAGAAGAUUUUUCGAUUGCGAUCCGGAUCGAGCAAUCUUCGUUCCGUUUAAGAAGGUGGUGCUUGCUUGGUGCACUAUUUGACCCGAAGCGUCGAUCACUAUAAUCACCCCUCGUAUUCUACUCUCCCAAUA